AUAUGUCUAGUUUACGUGUAUACCGUUUUUACACGUUAUAAGCUAGCUGUGCGUUGUAGAUUCAACUCAUACGACUUUUUACUAGUCGGCUCUUAAAACUGCUGUACUCUCUGUUAUUGUUGAGCAAUAUGUCGAAAGAUAUUAUUGGACCAGCUUUACCACCAGACUACAAGAAAGAAAAAAAUGAAGAUUGUUCAGGGGAAGAGUCAGACGGAGUUGCUGGACCAGCUCUUCCUCCAGGGUACAAAGUUCAAAACAGUUCUGGGUCAUCAGAAGAUACUGAUGAAGAUGAAAGAAACUUUAAAAGAGGACAGCCUGCAGGUCCUGCUUUACCACCAGGAUAUUCUAACCAUGCAAUGUGGGAUUCUGAUGAGGAAGAAAGCUCAAAAAAAAAAAGGAGAAUACGUAACGUAGUAAAGAAAAUAGACACCGAGCAGGAUGAUAAAGAUGAAAGUGAUUUUUUUGGGCCUGCACUACCACCAGGAUAUCAACAGACCCAGGAGUCACCUGAAAGGCCUAUUAUAGGGCCAGCACUACCUCCUGAAUUUACAAGAGUAACAGAAGAGGAUGAUUUUGAAGAUUACAUUGGACCUGCAUUACCACCAGGAUAUAAUAAAUCAGAAUCCAGCAGUGACAAUGAUGAGAUUGUGGGGCCAGUACCUUCAAAAGGGGAGACUGAAGAUAAUACUGCACUGGAAAUUGAUCGCAGAGCUCAAAGGAUGAAGAGGAAGCUGUUAACAGGAGAUGAUGAAGCAAAGGAGCUAGUUCGAGAGACCUGGAUGACUGAACUUCCACCAGAACUACAACACUUUGGCUUGGGAAGCAGGUCUUUUAAAAAAAGAGCAGGACCUGAAUCAAAAGACAGAUCAAUAUGGACGGACACUCCAGCUGAUAAGGAAAGAAAGGCAAGAGAAUUAUUAGAAGGAAAAAUUCCAUCAAGAGCUUCAAAAGAUGACUGUUCCGCACCUUCAGAAAGAGACAGAAAAUUAGCAGAGGAAGUUGAGAUAUAUAAUAAAUCCAAAAGAUCAGAGGCCCUAAUUGACAUGCAUGCAAAGAAGUUGAAGAAAAAGUCAGAAGCAGAGGCAGGAAUGCCCACAGAGAGAAGACCAUUUGAUCGAGAUCAGGACCUUCAAGUCAACAGAUUUGAUGAAGCUCAAAAGAAAGCAAUUAUCAAAAAGUCACAAGAACUCAAUACUCGUUUUUCCCAUAGUAAAAAUAGCAUGUUCUUAUAGAAACAUCAUGGAAAGCGACAAUCAUAUGCUUAUAUUAAAGUCUGAAAUACCUCUUGCUGGAAAGCAAAUUACAUUUUGAUGUAAUUACACCCAGAAAUGACUGAAUGAAAUAAGUUAUUCUUUCACAAGAAAAUCAGAGCUUCACACAGUUCUUUUUUCUGCUAAAACAAAUUAUGAUUACAAAGAAUUAAUUUGAAAACCUUUGAGGAAAUUUCAUUGGAAAAUAUAAAAAUAAAAGCCUGAUUAAGUAGAAAUGGGCAGCUAUCAUUAAAAAUCAACAUUUCUUCUAAGAAAAAAAAUCCUGUAAAAUAAUGCGAGCAGAUUGUGCAUUUUAAUAAAUCUUUUGUGUGAUGUUCGUGUGAUCUUUCAUAUGUGUUCUGCCAUUUUAAGUAUUUUUACUUGGCAUAAAUAUUAAGAGCACAGCUUUUUGUUAUUGUAAAUAAAAGUUCUGUUUGCUGGA